UUUACGACUAGUUUGGGCCCAUGUGUCCGGAAGCAGCCUCGGCUUCCUCUGCCUGUGUUUUGUGACGAUAAAAGCUUCGUAGAAGAAGCGCCGGAGUUGUGGGAACUUCUGUCCCGGCUGCUGUGACCGUGGGGGGCAGGCAGGGAGAGCCGGUGGACCACCGGCGAGCUGAAACAUGGGCCUCGUGACGAGGAUACGAAAGGAGUGGUUCAUCGUCGGGAUCGUGCUGGUCAUCUUAUCGGCCAAGCUGCAGCCCAGCAUCGGAGUGAAAGGAGGUCCUUUAAAACCGGAGGUCACCGUAGCGUACAUCGCCGUCUCGCUCAUCUUCUUCAACAGCGGCCUGUCGCUAAAAACGGAGGAGCUGACCAGUGCGCUGCUUCACGUGCGGCUCCACCUCUUUGUUCAGUCCUUCACCCUCAUCUUCUUCCCACUCGCCGUUUGGCUGCUGCUCAAGGUGCUCUCACUGACCGCCAUCGACCAAUGGCUGCUCAGAGGGUUACAGACGGUGAGCUGCAUGCCCCCUCCGGUCUCUUCCGCCGUUAUUCUCACCAAGGCUGUCGGAGGCAACGAGGCCGCCGCCAUCUUCAACUCUGCUUUUGGAAGCUUCUUGGGAAUCGUCGUCACUCCUCUGCUGCUGCUGCUCUUUCUCGGCUCCUCGUCCUCCGUUCCCUUCUCCUCCAUCUUCUCUCAGCUCUUCAUGACGGUGGUGGUGCCUCUGAUCCUGGGUCAGGUGUGUCGCGGUUUCCUCAGGGAGUUUCUGGAAAGGCAAAAGCCCCCGUUCGGCGCCAUCAGCAGCGCCGUCCUCCUCAUGAUCAUCUACACCACCUUCUGCGAAACCUUCAGUAACCCCAGCAUCGAGCUGGACCCCACCAGCCUGCUGCUGGUCGGCCUUAUCAUUUUCUCCAUCCAGAUCAGCUUCAUGCUGCUCACAUUUGCCUUUUCCACCAGGCCAGGCUCCAGGUUCAGCCCCGCGGACACCGUCGCCAUCAUGUUCUGCUCCACACACAAGUCUCUAACCCUGGGUAUCCCCAUGUUGAAGAUCGUGUUUGAGGGCUAUGAGCACCUGUCUCUGAUCUCAGUCCCUCUCCUGAUCUACCAUCCGGCUCAGAUCCUGCUCGGCUCCGUCCUCGUGCCGACCAUCCGCAGCUGGAUGACCAGCCGGCAGAAGUCUAGUCUGUUGUUGCGAUAAGGCUGCGUGCCAACACUUCUGUCUGACCCGAGCGGUGAAGCUGUCAGCGCUGCAGCCCAUCUGACAUGAAAUGUUGGCUUUUGUGAAGUUACUGGUGUCUCAUACAAAAGGGAACUAUGGUGGAGGAUUGCAGUGGUCACACGUGCCUUAUUGCUACCAAUCAACGAAGACCUCAGCCUAGCGGACAGAACGAGAGGAACCGCCUCAGUUCUUGUCUUUCUAUGAUGAGGAAGGACUCCUCUUUCCAGCACAUAUAUUGUUUUAUAUUAAACUAAGUGCGAGUUCUAUUUUUAUAUGGAUUUUGGAGCCAGAAGGAUGAAGUUAUUUGGACCAGUCUUUUCUCUUUUCUGCUGUUUUCAACAUUUUUCUACCUUCCCACUAGCGGUCGCUGCCUGCGUCAGUGUUUGUUACAUGGACUAUCUGGAUUAUCUGAUACUUAAUAUACUGUAUUGUAACAGCCAAUUGGAUUUUGGACACUUUCUAAAAUGCCGUUUGUCUUACAAGUAGUUUUUUGGUGGCAUUUAGUUGAGUGGAGGAUGUUAGUACAUUAAUACUGGAGUAGUGAGUCCAAGUUUACAGGUCAAAUUUUUUUGUUAAUGACUUGGUUCACUUGUUUCUAUAUGGCUGUCUCAGUUUAAUUCCUGGCCUGCUUCCCUCAGAUUCUAACCAAAUCUGUCACCCAUAAGGGCAUUUAUGUCUCGGACCAAUAAGGAGAGCUUUGGGCUCUCAGUAAGGAUCCUGUUAAAUGGUAACAAAGCACAAAAGAAGCAGGAAUGGGUAAAGCUGAUAUUAUUGUUUGGUAUGAGAUACCUGCCAGUCUGUUGUUAUUGGCAUUUAAUAUUGCAAAAUUUAAAAAAGUAAAGAGAUGGGGGGACAAUUUUCUUACAAUGUCUUAACAUGGCAGAUUUUUUCCUGGGGGGCACUCUGCAACGUUCCACAAACAAUCGGAGCAGGCAGGACGUGAACAAGUAAAUAAAUCACCAGAUAUAAGAAAUGUUAAAGUGAAAGCAGAAUAUCAGAGUUUUAAACCACCAAAUAUCAGUCUCAGAAAUCCUGCAUCACUCAAGCUCUAGAAUAAAGAUCUAAAUAAACCUCUGAACAUAGCUGUAGAAUAUGGUAUUAUCUAAGGAAAUAAUAUAGUUGAUUGUAUAUCACACCAACCAAAGUCUACAGUAAACACGUAAAUGUUUUUUGGGAGGAAAAAUCUAGAACUCCAGAGUCUUAGAGUCCCUCCACACUCGAGGCUGCUGGGCUCCAGAGCUGCAACUUUAAAAUACAAUAAUAGAUUUCAGACCUCUAGAAUCUAGAUUUGCAUAACAAAAUUUUGUGACAUGAGGUCUGGAGCUGCUUCACCUUAUUCAGAGGUAUGACAGCGAAUGAGUUAUCUCAUUAGAACAGCAGCACAUGAUCUUCACUGAAACGUUGUUCUAGUCCAUCUCGUUCUGUGGACCAAACUGAAAUGCACACCAGUGAGGAGAAAGGGUGGGAAUUUGCUCAGGGGAACUUUGGUAGUAUUUUUCUAUUUUGUUCUUUGCUCUAACGACUUCACCUUACAUCCUUCUGGUAAAUUAUGACAACUCUGACUUCCAUUUUUCUUUAAGGGCUUUCACACUACGUAAUAGCACAACUCCAUCAAGCCUCAGAGGACACACUGGAGGGCCUUACAGUAGCUCUGUGCACAGCUAACUCUGUAUCUGUUGUAGCUUAAAGUAGUGCUAGCAUGUUAAAAUGACCGUCACUAUCCUUUCUAACACUGAAUUACAGAUAGCAGCAUCAUGAGGUUUUAAUCCUACUCUGCUUUGUUGGUACGUCACUACAGAUGCCCGUUGGUUUUCACCACCAUGCUGCUCAACCAGUCAAACCAGUAGUGAGCAGAUUGUAUUCAGCUUCAGUCCCACAUUACAGUAUUUUUUUUAGUCUGUAGUCGUCAUGUGUACCUAACCUUACACUGGAAAAAGAAGAAACCACACAUUGUCCAUCCUUUGAACUUAUUUCUAUAUCCAGGAGACUCCUGUUACUUCUGGCUCACAUUAUCACCAAACAUCGCCUGUGGAGUCGCAAUAACAACAUUAAUGGGAAAUAUCCUACAAUGAAUUACAGCAUGGUGUUUCUGUCUUAUAGUAUUAAAGUGAAUUGAAGUGAUGGACCAAAAACCUGCAAUACCUAUUUUUAAACCACUUGAGAACAGUACAAGCAACUUGUAAAGUUGUUUUCACAAAAGUGACACAAUCCAAGUCGGUGUCAUUAAAAUUUCUAAGCAAAGUGUUGCUUGAUUUAACAGCAGACACCAAUAUUCAGUUGGAGUGGAGCUCAUGUCCGCCAUGUGACGCCAAGUUCUUCUCUUGCUUUGGUCUUCUCCACCUAUGAAACCUUAAUUACACAAAUAAAAACAAAACAAAAACAGAUUGCAAAGUUGACAUUUCAAAGUAUUAGCUCAGAUGUUUGAAAGUUGAAGUUAGAAAGUCAAAACUUUGAACUACGGAUGGCUUUUUUUUUUCUUUUUCCAGUAGCAGAAAUUAGCUUUUGUAUCCACCUAAGACUGUAAAGCCUCCAGUCUCCUUUCACAUGAUUGUUGCCCUUUCAAAAAGAUGUUAACAUAGUGUUGAAAAUACUGUAUGAACAUUUUGGCGUCUCUGACGGAGAAUGUCACCACAUUCACUUCAAUUCUGAAGCCUUUACAGCACAAAUGUCAUUUCUUAUGUCGUCCAGCUUACAGUGAGUCUGUUCAGUCUAUUUGCAGUGUGGUUGUUUUGUCAUUGUAAUUUAUUGUGGGGAGAAAACAAUGAGUGGGACAUGUAUGUGUCUGAUUUUGUUUGUUUUAUUAAAGAAGUUUUGGAAAUUAAA